UUAGAUGUACUGGGGAUGACUGAAGAUCUCAAAAUUUCUUUCCUGUGAUUUUAAACAUACCUUGCCAGUGGUAUUAGCUAUUGACAUUGCUUGAGCCAGUUUCAGGUGUUGCUUUUCGAAAGUCUUUAUUAGUAUCUUAUACUGAUAUUUUAAACACUAGCUAUGAUUGUGUUAACGUGUGUGUACAUGCUAAUUGGUGUGUUUUCUGUGGGUGUAAACAGCUACCCUCAGGGAGCACCCACUCAGACAGAGUCGUGCGUAAAUCUUCAGCCCGUGCACCGGGACCGUCAAACACAGCAGCGUAUCCCGAACAGGCAAGAAAAAGCUCCAUAUAGCGUACUCCUUUCUCAACAAUACUUCGUAGCGUGCCAGAAUCCGACCGCUUGUCAGCAGAAACCCAUACAAGUUGUUAUCCGAGGGAUUCCAAAUCAACAAAUUCCCGGAGCUGGUGGACGCGGUACGCCCUUCCGCGGGUUUAUAAUACAGGCUAGAACUCCAUCUGGUGGCACACGAGCCUGGGGUCGUUUUCUCCCCACACUGUCACGUGACUACAAAACCAUCAGCUGUUCGAACGGCCCGACUCUCACACACACUAGGAAUAGCGAUAAACAGGAAAUCAGGUUCAACUGGAUACCAGAACCAGGCAUGCGCGAACAAGUACAAUUUGUGGCCACUAUAGUACAGAACCUCAGGACUAUUUAUCCAUUAGUGUACUCGAGUAUAAUAAAGCCUGCAAAUGACUUUUUCACUACUACUCCAAUACCAACUACUACAACUCCAACUACCAUUACUACCACUUCUACCUCUCCAACUUCCACUUCUGAUAUAUUCUUUAACUCCACUAUAACAUCUGCUAUAACUGUCCCACUCACAUCGUCUUCCACGCAAGACUCCUUGAUUAACAGUGGUACAACGACAAAAGCCGGCCUCAGUAUGAUCAUAGCUUCUUUCGUGAUGACUUUGCUGUAAUUUUGUUAUCAUCCUGUAAUAUUUAAAGGCCUUGUUACAUUUCAUGACACUUUUAUAAUAUUAUAUUUUUUUUUGCCAAAUCAAUGUACAUGGCAAUACUGAAUAAUUGGAGGUUGUAAUAUCGUUUCACACAUUGUCAUAUCUUAUUUCGUUGCUGUUUAUUGUAUUACUUGCUGUAAUAUCUGAUUGUACUUGCUGUAAUAUCUGAUAAUACUUGCUGUAAUAUCUGAUAAUACUUGCUUUAAUAUCUGAUUAUACUUGCUGUAAUAUCUGAUAAUACUUGUUGUAAUAUAUGAAUAUACUUGCUGUAAUUUCUGAUAAUACUUGCUGUAAUAUCUGAUAAUACUUGCUGUAAUAUCUGAUUGUACUUGCUUUAAUAUCUGAUUAUACUUGUAUGAUAUUUGAUCAAAUGCUGUAAUAUGCAAUGCUCUUUUUAAAGAUUGUGUAAAAUACUUUUCAAAACGUUGCCAUGAAGUCGAAAUUUAAAAGUAAACCGAACAAAUUAUCUUUAUAGGGAAGUAUCUGUGAAACACAUAAUAUCAGCCAAGAUAACAAUAAUGUAAUUUUUUCGUAAAACAAAAUCUUUUACUGUUCUUCAUCACCAGUGUGUUUGUUAUUUCGUUCUUGUAAAGAAUUAAGAUUCGUUGGGAAAAUAUUAGCGCAGCGCAACUGAAAAUUAAAGCCCUAAAUUGCAAAAGUCAUAGAAAGACAAACAAUUUUCAGAAAAUAGAUGACAUAGUCACUUUGAUUAAUUUAUUUAAAAUAAGAAGAAAAACUGAAACAAAGGGAACCCUGUUUUAAAGACCGAUAGGAGAGCAAGUAUGUUUUAAAUAGACACGUGAUCUUACAUGAAGAAGUCUGGUAGGUAUUUAGCAACAGUAUUUUUGUUUAUUUUUAGUCGGAAGCAAUAAAAAAAAAGGUUCUUAUAGACAUAUGGUCUUCUUCAAAACGAUUUUAUUCCAGUAGGCCUUUGUCUUGAAAACAAUUUGUUUAUGUCAAUAGCUAGUCUUAAAAGAAGAUUGCUAUCAGACGGGAACACCAUUUUUAGUAUUCUGAAGAUAAAAAUUAUUCACAGGUACAUGCAGUCUAUUUCGAGAAAUAUCCUUAACAUUUAGUAAUUCUUCAUAGACGGUUUCUUAUAUAAUAACUUGUCUUAGGCAUCAUAACUGUGUUUGUGUGAGGUUAACUGAUUUGUUUGUGGAUGCAGGCAAAUAUGUACCCUAGCAUUUUUUAUCUAUUUUUAUUUAUAUCAUCUUCGUUCCACGUCUUUCAUAACGUUUUGUAUUCAUAAUGGUGAUAUGAUCAUAAAUGUGUAUUUUUAUUUCAUCAAUACUUAAUAUUGACCUUGUAAAUAUGUUAUUAAUACUUUUCGCUCAAUUCAUGAUCAAUGAAUCAUUUCGAGACAUCAGUGAAAGGAAUAUGUAACCCACAGCUGUGUAAUGCAUGACCACCCUGUAGCUGACAAGAGAGAAAUAUGACUCUAUCUUCCAAAAGAAGAAAUCAUCGCGGAUACACUAAUCCAGCAACCUUUUGACCACGGGAAAUAUGAUAUUACUAUAAAACUAACCAUUUACAAAAAAGCAUUUGAACUUUUGAAAUGGUUUAUUAAUAGUUAAAUAUGUUCCCUCUGUAACAAGAUUUCGAUCACAUUGUAAGACUAUCUGUUUGAAAUACCACCGAGAGCAGGCAAGUCCCUGUGCAUGACGUGGUUAUCCCCCUUUGUGUAACACAUCGUUUCCCAAAGGAAAUACAUAACACAUCAUCUUGUUACAGUUUCGUGUGCUUACCACAACGGAAAAAAAGAACAAAUUAUGCAAUCAUACAAUUACACGUCAUAUGAUGCUUGAUAUCCUUAAAUAUGUAGAUAAUCGUAUACUCUCAUAGUCCUUUAUUAACUUAUUUUAUAUCACAUCUCUCAGUAGUAGAAUUCGAAAUGGUAAAGCAGUCUUUUCUAUAUUGCAUUUAAUCUAUAACUUUGAGACGAUCUUUAAAAGCGUGACGAUUCUAUUUGAUUUAACAACAAAACAACCACAAAAUGAAACGGUGGAUCUUUUAUUCUCUCUAAUAUAUUAGUGCUCCUAUGUACCCGAAACAUAUGUAUAAAGUACGGUACUUCACAGCCCCGUUGUAAUUUACAUACUUUCAUAAUAUACUUUAUUGUGUUUUUGUUGUAGCAUAAGUUUGUUGUAGCAUAAGAUAUUACAUACUCGUAGCAUCCCUUUUAAAAAAUUCUUGAUGAUCGGAGUACAAGUUGAAAAACUUAUAAAUUGCCAUAUUCUUCAAUUUUGAGAUGAGAAUAAUAGAUUUUUGAGUCUUUAUUUGCUGCAAAUAAUUGUUGAAAAAAACAAGAUUCCUUUUUCAACUUUUUUGAUGUUUAUUUUUAAAUUCGGCAAGUAUUGCAAAUGUAAAGCAUAUGCUAUAAAAAAAAAAUAAAUCUUAAAUGACUUUGCAAUUAGUCCGGAAUCAUUCUAAAUGUUAAUAUUGAUCUUUGUCUAUGUUAUUAAGCAUCUUUGCUUUUAGCAGCUUCUUUUUCAUUCUUAUUUUUAUGUAGUUUACUUUUCUAUCCCGGCAGCUAACAUGCCAAAUAUAUUAACAUGCAUGGCUUUUUCUGAACUAGUCUUGCGUGAUAGAAGGAUUUUGAUAAAUCAGUUUACUUUUUGUACAUAUAUUCCUCAGUGUAAAUAAACCAUUCAAAUACA